AUGCUUGACAAUUCCAUGUCGUCCACUCCUUCAUCGUCACCAAGUAAAAGACCAGCACUCUCACCCAAAUCGUCCAAUAAUGCCGUCAACAACAAGAAGUCGCCGCUAGGCAAAUCCGGUACAUCAUCGCUUCCGAGGACCAAAUCGUUGAGCAGCACCAACUCUUUCAAUUUCUUCAAAACCGCAAGUCCCUCACCUAAUAAAAAAGUCGCCAUAUCGCCAAGCUUGGGAUUUUCAAUAUGGGAAGACUCGCCGAAACCCGCCCCUGCAGCCGCUUCUGCGCGUGAUUUCCCACCUGCAACGUCAAACAAAUUGAACCAUAACGACCAAGAGAAUAUCCUCCAACCUAAACAAGUGCCCGUGUACAGAAGUAUCGGUGCCCGGAAACCGUUGAUGGACUUGAGCGUCAACAAGUAUAGAGGCUACGUGACGCAAGGGUCUACGACUCAGCAAUUGACCACCUUGUACGAACCGGCCAAUUUCAACAACGAUUUCAAGUCGUUGCACAAGUUCACUGAUGCUCCGGGAUUCGUGACGCCUAGUCGCACCAACCGCGGCAAGUAUUUGGUGAGGUCUUUGUCGCUGGAGAAAAUCCUGGGCCGCGUUCAAAAACAUUCAAGGUCAAUGUCCUUGGGUAAGAACGAAAUGAAACGGACAUUGAUUAAGAAGAACAGCUUUCCCAUCUUGUCCAAUUCAAGUUAG